AUGGCCAAAAAGGGCACUCGCCUCUCCGACAAGGCUGCUCUGCCGUUCAAAACCGCCAACAAGCAGCGACGGCAAGACCUGCACAUAAAACAGAAGCGAGCACGGGAUGCGUUGAAGCGAGCAGAAAGAUUCGGGCGGAAAAAGGAAGAGGCGAAGAACCCACAACUUAGAGAAGAGCGUCUACGGCGCAACGUGCCAGUUACAAUCGACAAGAAGCGGGUAUACGACGAUGUGCAAGAUGAGCCCGAGAACGGUGGUCUCGGACUGGUCUACGACGUGGAACGAUUGAAACGAAGAAAACUCGCAGAAGAGCAAGAACUUCCUCCUGUUGAUGGAGACGAAGAACAAUUUGGAUCCCGAUCUGGCGAAGAUCACGACGACGACGAUGAGGAGGACGAUGCGGAUUCCAUGCUCGAAGACAGUGACAGCGACAGCGACAGCGACAACGCCGAGGAAGUUGGUAGUGAUGAAGAAGACCUCGAACCGGCGGAUAUAGACGACACGUCACACGACCCUCUCCCGUCCAAAUCGCAACUCAAGUCAGCAUCAGCGGCGGCGUCUUCGAGACGUCGCACGCAGUCACCGACACGCAGCACGACGUCGACGAACCUCUCGCUGGCGCCGGCCGCGCUGGCGGCCAAAUUCCCAACACUGUUUCCUUCCCCCGACGCGCCGCCGCCGCCGCCGCCCAAGAUCCUGAUCACCACGUCGAUCAACUCGACGCUGCACAAAGAGGCGGCGAUUCUGACGUCGCUGUUCCCCAACUCGAAGUACAUCCGCCGCUCGUCGCACCGCUACGGGUACAAGUUCUCGGUGCGCGAGAUUGCGUCGUUCGCGCACAACAGGUCGUACACGGCCGUCAUGGUGCUCGAGGAAGACCGGAAGCGGCCGUCGGGCCUGACCGUCGUCCACCUCCCCGAGGGGCCGACGUUCCACUUCUCCAUCUCGAACUUCUACACGUCCAAGAGCAUCCCCGGCCACGGCCGCGCGACCGACCACGUGCCCGAGCUCAUCCUGAACAACUUCACCACCCCUCUGGGCCUGCUGACGGCGCACCUCUUCCGGUCCCUGUUCCCCGCGACCCCCGACCUCCAGGGCCGCCAGGUACUGACCCUGCACAACCAACGGGACUACAUCUUCUUCCGGCGCCACCGGUACAUCUUCCGCGACAAGCGGGACUCCGAGAAGUCGGUCGUCGGCCCCGACGGGCGGGAAGUCAAGGGCGUCGAGGGCAUCCGCGCCGGUCUGCAGGAACUGGGCCCCAGGAUGACGCUGAAGCUCAGACGCGUGGACAAGGGCAUCCAGAGGCGGAGCGGUCAGGACUGGGAGUGGAAGGCACGCAUGGAGAAGAGUAGGACCAAGUUCCAGCUCUAG